GCACAUGGUUGCAUUAGGGUGACUUAUUGGAAAUUUAACUAUUUACCCGCUUAUAUAACUCGAAAUUUAAUAGACAUUUUGAAAGUGCAAAAUUGUAUGGUGUGUAGUUUGAAAUGGGAAACGUAUCUGCCUCCUCGACACCCCUGGGAGGACUCGCCCCUCCCCCUCCUGUCUUGCCUCCACAGCCACCGACACAAGUUCCUUUCGACAACAAUCCAGGGACGUUUGAAGAAAUACACCGAAGAUGCAAGGAUAUUUUUCCCCAGAUUUUCGAAGGAGGCAAACUUGUCAUUUCUAAGGGCCUCAGCAGUAAUUUUCAAGUCAGUCACACGCUCGCUUUGAGUACCUGUCAACCAUCAGGAUACAGAUUUGGUAGCACCUACAUUGGCAGCAAACAGCUCAGUCCACAAGAGUCUUACCCAGUUAUAUUGGGUGAUAUUGAUGCUAGUGGAGACCUGAAUGCACAAGUGAUUCACGCCUUUACGGAGCGAAUACGCAGCAAGGGCGUGGUUCAGAUACAGAAUAAUAAAUGUGCUGUUACUCAAGUCACAACCGAUUACAAGGGAGACGAUUACACGGCGUCUGUGACCCUAGGAAACAUUGAUCCGAUACACGAAUCUGGUAUAGUUGUCAGUCAGUAUUUGCAGCGAGUUACGAGAAGACUCGAUCUCGGUGCCGAGCUACAUUAUCAAUAUGGAAAUCAGGUUCCUGGGGGACAGAUUGCGUUCAUGUCAUUCGCUGGGAAACUUUCUAGUGACAACUGGCAGUUCAGUGGGAAUGUCAGUCCAACAGCAGGCAACUUUCAUGGGUGCUAUGUACAUAAAAUUAGUGAACAUUUGCAAUUGGGUGCAGAGCUAGAGACAAGUUUACGGAUGGGUGAUAGCACAGCUACUGUUGGGUAUCAAAUCGAAAUUCCAAACGCAAAUGUAACUUUUAAGGGGCAAGUUGACAGCAAUUAUUGUGUGGGAGCUGUAAUGGAAAAAAAAAUAACUCCUUUUCCGUUUACCUUCGCAUUUAGUGGCUAUUUGAAUCAUGUUAAGGGUACUUCACGAUUCGGACUGGGACUCGUUGUGGGAUAGUGUUGAAUAUUUUUAUAGUUGUAUUUCAUGAAAUUUAUUGAUGUAUUGAAGAUUAGUGAAGAACAAAUGGUCAGACGCUUCAAAAUGGCUGCUGAAUUAGAAUUAUAGUUGCAAUGCUGAAAAAUUAGCAGGAAUUGCCAGGCUCUAGAAUGACCCUGCUGUAAGAACCAAGACAUUGUUGCAUUUAUAAAGAGAAGAGUUGAGGAGUGGAUAUAGUGUGUUGAUUGAUGGAUGACAUGUUCAAGCUUGCAGCAAAUAAGUGGUCAUGGUUUUGUGUGAAGCAAAGUUAGCUGAAAUAGAUCAGUCUUGGAAAGUUAACAUGCCUGUUUUAGUAUAUAGUAAUCAUAUUACUGUGCUGUAAAAGUUAUGAACACCAACAAUAAUCUUCAAACCAUUUUUUUUUUUAUUUCAACACUCAGUUUCUGUAUGUGUGCAUGUCAUAUCAUAUAUAAUAUCACUGAUUUAUCAUUCUUCAGAAUUACUUAAAAAGUAAUAUCAAAAUAUUUCAAUUGUUUCUAAUAAAUUAUUAAAU